AUGGGGACAAGAGCUAGUCGUUUACAAGAGGACCCAGUGCCUUCGGCUUUCGGGAAAGAUGACAUAAAGCGGGAUUCCUAUCGACGACCACGGUGCAAUAGGCCCACCCGUCUUAUGGUAGACUUUUCGGGGAGUUUUGACGAUUCAGAGACCAACCGUAGCCGAUCGGAGGAGGGCAGCGAUUCGGACAUGGGGCAACAGGCGAGCUCCGAUGGAAGCCCCGCCGACCGCAACAGCCACCCGUCCAUCAGCCCAUCAUCACCAUCAGAAGACAACAGCGAAUGCAAACUCGAGGAAGACUGCAAUAGCAGUCCCGAGGGUUCUGUAAACGGGGAACAUCUGCCUGGAGAGGAGACAGGCCACGUGCCUCACCGCACUUUCUCUGAACGUUUACCCGGUAAUCGACACUCUUCCGGGCGCAACGUCAGCGCAAGAUCCGCACGGAUGAGAGGCAUCCAUCAGCGCCCGGUGUCGGAGGCUUGGAUUGGCCUCUACCGUGUCAACAACCGACAUGGCAGUAAGUUUAUAAGUGACCACCCUUUUUUUGUGUAUUGUUUUAAGUUGCUGUUCCUAUUUUCUCUUUUGGCAGAUUUGACACCCAUACUCUUCAUCACACACAAACAGUGCGAACAGUGGUCUAAGGCACUGCAUCGCAGUGCUAGCUGUGCCACUAGAGAUCCUGGUUCGAAUCCAGGCUCUGUCGUAGCCGGCCGCGACCUGGAGACCCAUGGGGCGGCGCACAAUUGGCCCAGCGUCGUCCAGGGUAGGGGAGGGAAUGGCCGGCAGGGAUGUAGCUCAGUUGGUAGAGCAUGGCGUUUGCAACGCCAGGGUUGUGGGUUCGUUUCCCACGGGGGGCCAGUAUAAAAAAAAAAAGUAUAUAAAAAAAAUAAUGUAUGCACUCUGGAUAAGAGCGUCUGCUAAAUGACUAAAAUGUAAAUGUAAAUGAACAAAAACACUGUGAAAUGCUCCCCUGAUAUAGAGCUUGCCAGCUUGUGGUCCGACAAAACUGAAAUUAGUUAUAUCUGGUUCGUCCAGCCAUUCCUGUUGGGGAAAUGCAUGGGGUCCGAUGUAAUGUUCAGUGUAUAUAUGUUACCCCUUGGCAGCGUUAUCAGAAAGCACAGCAUUGAUUUUCACUGCUACCCAGACGAUAUACAACUUUACAUUAAUGUGUCACCAGAUGAUUUUAGCUUCGUGGAUAAAUUAUUAGACUAUUAGUGAUUUAAGUACUUGGAUGGCUCACAACUUCCUCCAGCUAAGUCAAGACAACCGAGGUACUUAUUGUUGGAGCCAAAGCACAGAGAGAAUCUAGCCGCACAUUUUAUUUCACCGGCAAUAAAGACACAACACCAGGUAAAAAAACGGAGGUGUUAAUUUAGAUUCUUAACUAAAUUUCUAAUCGCACAUUAGGAAUGUGACCAAAAUAGCUUUUUACCACCCGAGGAACAUUGCCAUGGUGCGGCUGUUUCUCUCUCAGGCUAAUACAGAGAGUCUCAUCUAUGCUUUUAUUACAAGCAGGCUUAACUACUGUAAUGCUCUCCUGUUUGGCCUACCCAAGAAAGCCAUUGGUCAACUGCAAAACAUACAGAAUGCUGCAGCAUGGUUACUGACCAAUACCAGACAGAGAGCACACAUUACACAUGUUUUAAGGUCACUGCACUGGCUGCCUGUGAGUUUUAUAAUUUAUUUUAAGAUGAUUCUAUUGCUUUUUAAAUCAAUCCACUAUUGUGCACCCCAAUACAUGUCAGACAUGCUUUUAAGUUAUGUACCCAGAAGGUCCCUCAGGUCCUCUGGCACUGGCGUUUUAACUAUCCCAAAGCCUAGGACCAAGAGGCAUGGAGAGGCAGCCUUUAGUUAUUAUGCCCCCAGCCUCUGGAAUAGCCUGCCAGUCAGGGUGGCUGAAACUGUGGACAUAUUUAAGAGAUCUUAAAACACAUAUUUUUUUAGCUUUGAUUUUCCUUAGGGUGCUUCUUAGUUGUUCAGUUUGUGUCCUUCUUUAGUUUUUUAUCUAGUGUGUUGUUGUUUUUUAUUAGUUUUUUCCUGUAAAGCACAUUGCGUUGCAUUCCAUGUCUGAAAUGUGCUGUAUAAAUAAAGCUUGAUUUGAUUAGAUAAACGCUGAAAAUAAGGUCUGAAGUUAACACAGGCUAGGAAUCUUAUACGUUUUGUUCUAUGAGAUAAUAUCAGUCAGCCUUUAUGUGCUUGUUUUGAUUACAUAAACGCUUCAAAAAGUGACGUUAGCUGAUUGAACAAAAUCUCAUAGAACAAAAUCUAUAAGAUCUCCUAAGCCUGUAUUUACCUUAUUUUCUGUGUUUAUCCCAAAACCUUCGAAAACCCUCAUUCAUUUCCCUAUAGGCUUCGGCCAAAGAGCCAUGGUGGAGUUAGUGCCUACAAAAAAAAAAACAUUCUCUAUUAGGCUAGGGCAAAAACAUCUGUUCUAUGGUAUAUGAGAGACGUGACACAAAUUGGCUAGGCUUACUACUGAACCUGCAUUCUUGGAGGGAUGAUCUUCUCUCGUGCUUACAAGCUACUUGACUUAUUACAGCAGAACCCAUUGUUUUAAGUUGUAACAAUCAGGCUGCUGUUAAUAGAUCAGCUAGCUAAUACAGUAGUAUUACAAACUGACUGCGUCGACAAUUUCAGAAUGCAGCACACCCAUGAAUUCAUUGGAGAUUCAUCAAUGAUCUCUCUAACAAUAGCCCAUGCAUCACUCUCAACAAACUACAUUGACUUAUGGUAGCUAGGGACGUUUCCAAUAUGGCCAGUCCCUGACUGACAAAGAAUCUCAGUGUAGGCCUACGUUAUUCAUUCAACAGAUGGACAGACGUGGUUGUAUGCGAGUGAGACCCCUGCCCAAACAGGGCGUUAGAUUUAUUUUCCCACGAGCCAUAACACACAAACGCAGCCCCGAGCAAGUCUAGGAAAUGGGUCAAAGUCCUCACUUGGGCAUGGCUGACAGCAGGGCCAGAGAGGGAGAGGAAAUGUAGGCCAACUGGGAACGCUCUCCCCCACAUCAUCCCAUCCCCGAGGCUGGACUCCUCUUCUUAUGCGUGACGGCCUGGUCUGGUUGAAUGAUGAUGACUGGAAAACUAAUCAUGGGUCAGUUGACCUGAGUUCAUCGUCAUGAUGACACGCUGAUCACACAAAUGCAAAUGUCAACAUCUACUGAAGACCCAUGGCAUGCAUGAUGGACUAGUGGAUUUGAUCAUCUCCCCUCUUUUGUUUUUCUAAUGUGUUGUUGUUAAACAUGUUGUCGUCUCCUCCCCAGAUAUCCGCUGUCCGUUCUGCUCCAAGCCUUUCCCGGGUGGCAGAAUUGAGGAUCACCUGUUGAGCUGCCUCACAUCUCCCCCUCUCCCUUACAACAGUAAGUAUCUCUCUUCAGCAGAUAUAGUGAGUAAUAAAAGAAGGGGGAUACCUAGUCAGUUGCACAACUGAAUGCAUUCAACUAAAAUGUGUCUUACGCAUUUAACCCAACCCCUCUGAAUCGGAGAGUUGCCUUAAUCGACGUCCACGUCAUCUGCACCCAGGGAGCAGUUGUUGUUGGGGUUAACUGCCAUGCUCAACGGCAGAAUGGCAGAUAUUUCCACCUUGCCGGCUCGGGGAUUCGAACCAGCAACCUUUCAGUUACUGGCCCAACGCUCUUAACCAUUAAGCUACCCCAAUAUGUUUGGAACAUCAAAUCACAAUAAAAUUGCAGUAUUGACUCGCAAUACAUAUAGAAACGUGAGAAUUGCAAUACAUUUCGUAUCAGCUAGGGUUUAAUAUUUUCCCGGUAUUUUACAAAUGUUCCAUCCCGAGAUUAAAUCACUUUUCUCCCGUAUAACCCGGUAUUUCCAAAACCGGAAGUGUCAUUCAGAAGCAUUAUAAAGCAUAUACAUAUGUCUGGAUUUGAUUAGAGCUUUGAUCAGCAUGGAAAUUCAAACCUGAUGCUACCGGAGCCUGAUGAGCCAUAUAUUAAAUACAUUUUAUGAGCCUUACAUUAAUGACAUUUAAUGAGCCCAAGCCCAAAAAAUCCCAAAGGAUUGUGCCGUUAUCCAAUACAUCUAUAGGCUACUGCACAUUAGGCACGACAUAAAAACAUAAAAGCCCAUAGAUGUAGCUAGCUAUAUGCUCUCUUGGGAAAAUAAAUUAAACUAGCUCCAGUAGGUUCAUCUUUUUGAGUGUGAAAUGUAUUACUGUAUUGUAUUAUACUGUAUUAUAUGGACUGGAAUGACGUACAUCGUUCAAACCAUGAUAAAGCAGAAUAGAACAUGUGAUUCUGGUGCAGCACAUGCGGCCUACAAAGUUACAAGUAUAGGCUAGCGAAUUAGAUUUUAAUUUUGAAAUAUAAUAGGGCCUAUUUGUAUAAUUAGUUGGCUGACACAUAUACCUUUUCAUAAUAUUUCCCCUAUUGUUAUUAGCCUACCUCCUCGUUCUCUCUCUAUUGUUGCUUAAUUCCUUCCUCGCUUUCAACAGUUGAAUGAAAUACGUUUCGUUGUCCUUAUCUUAAUCAUUCUAAUAACAUCCUUUAAUAAUAUAGGACUAGAAUUAGAUGCAGAAGGCUUUCAUUUCUCUUCACGAAGAUUGAAUGGUUAUGGGUCUGAAUAAAUGAACUGCUAUAGCCUAUCGCCAUCGCACGUUCGCUCUUCUUUCAAACUAACCUUGAAUUCUAUUGGCUGCUGUAUUUAACAUUCAGCAAAAAAGAGCUUGCGUCCCUCUUCAAAUAGUCUAGGGGUAUAAGAAAUGCUAAAAAAAUAAUGUCCAGCAAGCUAUUCUAGUCUAGCUUUUCCUGCAUGGGACUCCAAGAGCUAAGGAGCGUUUUAUAAGGAGAGAGGGCAGUGGAGCACAGGUGCUUGCGUUUUGCGCAAGAGACAGAGGCUAUAAAUUAGAAGCUUAUUAUGCAUAAGCCAUCAUUAAUUAGCUAAAUAUAAGGCUAAUACUGCAUUUAAUUUAUUACCUGAAAGAGGUAGGCAAGGAAAUCUAUAUAUACAGUUGAAGUCGGAAGUUUACAUACACCAUAGCCAAAUAUAUUUAAACUCAGUUUUUCACAAUUCCUGACAUUUAAUCCUAGUAAAUAUUCCCUGUCUAAGGUCAGUUAGGAUCACCACUUUAUUUUAAGAAUGUGAAAUGUCAGAAUAAUAGUGUAGAGAGUGAUUUAUUUAAGCUUUUAGUUAUUUCAUCACAUUCCCAUUGGGUCAGAAGUUUACAUACACUCAAUUAGUAUUUGGUAGCAUUUCCUUUAAAUUGUUUAACUUGGGUCAAACGUUUCGGGUAGCCUUCCACAAGCUUCCCACAAUAAGUUGGAUGAAUUUUGGCCCUUUCCUGCUGACAGAGCUGGUGUACGGAGUCAGGUUUGUAGGCCUCCUUGCUCGCACACGCUUUUUCAGUUCUGCCCACAUAUUUUCUAUAGGAUUGAGGUCAGGGCUUUGUGAUGGCCACUCCAAUACCUUCACUUUGUUGUCCUUAAGCCAUUUUGCCACAACUUUGGAAGUAUGCUUGGGGUCAUUGUCCAUUUGGAAGACCCAUUUGCGACCAAGCUUUAACUUCCUGACUGAUGUCUUGAGAUGUUGCUUCAAUAUAUCCACAUAAUUUUCCUUCCUCAUGAUGCCAUCUAUUUUGUGAAGCGCACCAGUCCCUCCUGCAGCAAAGCACCCCCACAGCAUGAUGCUGCCACCCCCGUGCUUUACAGUUGGGAGGGUGUUCUUCGGUUUGCAAGGACCCCCUUUUUCCUCCAAACAUAGCAAUGGUCAUUAUGGCCAAACAGUUCUAUUUUUGUUUCAUCAGACCAGAGGACAUUUCUCCAAAAAGUACGAUAUCUGUCCCCAUGUGCACUUGCAAACCGUAGUCUGGCUUUUUUAUGGCGGUUUUGGAGCAGUGGCUUCUUCCUUGCUGAGCGGUCUUUCAGGUUAUGUCGAUAUAGGACUCGUUUUACUGUGGAUGUAGAUACUUUUGGACCUGUUUCCUCCAGCAUCUUCACAAGGUCCUUUGCUGUUGUUCUGGGAUUGAUUUGCACUUUUCACACCAAAGUACGUUCAUCUCUAGGAGACAGAACGCUUCUUCUUCCUGAGCGGUAUGACUGCUGCGUGGUCCCAUGGUGUUUAUACUUGCGUACUAUUGUUUGUACAGAUGAACGUGGUACCUUCAGGCGUUUGGAAAUUGCUCCCAGGGAUGAACCAGACUUGUGGAGGUCUACAAUUUCUUUUCUGACGUCUUGGCUGAUUUUCUUUUGAUUUUCUCAUGAUGUCAAGCAAAGAGGCACUGAGUUUGAAGGUAGGCCUUGAAAUGUUUCCACAGAUCCACCUCCAAUUGACUCAAAUGAUGUCAAUUAGCCUAUCAGAAGCUUCUAAAGCCAUGACAUAAUUUUCUGGAAUUUUCCAAGCUGUUGAAAGGCACAGUCAACUUGGUGUAUGUAAACUUAUGACCCACUGGAAUUGUGAUACAGUGAAUUAUAAGUGAAAUAAUCUGUCUGUAAACAAUUAUCAUUCACAAGUCCUAACUGACUUGCCAAAACUAUAGUUUGUUAACAAGAAAUUUGUGGAGUGGUUGAAAAACGAGUUUUAAUGACUCCAACCUAAGUGUAUGUAAACUUCCGACUUCAACUGUACAGUCGUGGUCAAAAGUUUUGAGAAUGACACAAGGAUAGGUCUCCACAAAGUUUGCUGCUUCAGUGUUCUUAGAUCUUUGUCAGUAGUUACUAUGGUACACUGAAGUAUAAUUACAAGUAAUCCAUAAGCGCCAAAGGCUUUCAUUGACAAUGACAUUCAGUUUAUGCAAAGAGUCAAUAUUUGCAGUGUUGACCCUUCUUUUUCAAGACCUCUGCAAUCCGCCCUGGCAUGCUGUCAAUUAACUUCUGGGCCACAUCCUGACUGAUGGCAGCCCAUUCUUGCCUAAUCAAUGCUUGGAGUUUGUCAGAAGUUGUGGGUUUUUGUUUGUCCACCCGCCUCUUGAGAAUCGACCACAAGUUCUCAAUGGGAUUAAGGUCUGGGGAGUUUCCUGGCCAUGGACCCAAAAUGUUGAUGUUUUGUUCCCCGAGCCACUUAGUUAUCACCUUUGCCUUAUGGCAAGGUGCUCCAUCAUGCUGGAAAAGGCAUUGGUCGUCACCAAACUGUUCUUGGAUGGUUGGGAGAAGUUGCUCUCUGAGGAUGUGUUGGUAUCAUUCUUUAUUUAUGGCUGUGUUCUUAGGCAAAAUUGUGAGUGAGCCCACUCCCUUGGCUGAGAAGCAGCUCCACACAUGAAUGGUCUCAGGAUGCUUUACUGUUGGCAUGACACAGGACUGAUGGUAGCGCUCACCUUGUCUUCUCCGAACAAGGUGUUUUCCGGAUGGCCCAAACAAUCGGAAAGGGGAUUAAUCAGAGAAAAUGACUCUACCCCAGUCCUCAGCAGUCCAAUCCCUGUACCUUUUGCAGAAUAUCAGUCUGUCCCUGAUGUUUUUCCAUGAGAGAAGUGGCUUCUUUGCUGCCCUUCUUGACACCAGGCCACCUCCAAAAGUCUUCGCCUCACUGUGCGUGCAGAUGCACUCACACCUGCCUGCUGCCAUUCCUGAGCAAGCUCUGCACUGGUGGUGCCCCGAUCCUGCAGCUGAAUCAACUUUAGGAGAUGGUCCUGGCACUUGCUGGACAUUCUUGGGCGCCCUGACGCCUUCUUCACAACAAUUGAACCUCUCUCCUUGAAGUUCUUGAUGAUCCGAUAAAUGGUUGAUUUAGGUGCAAUCUUACUAGCAGCAAUAUCCUUGCCUGUGAAGCCCUUUUUAUGCAAAGCAAUGAUGACGGCACGUGUUUCCUUGCAGGUAACCAUGGUUCACAGAGGAAGAACAAUGAUUUCAAGCACCACCCUCCUUUUUAAAGCUUCCAGUCUGUUAUUCUGACUCAAUCAGCAUGACGGAGUGAUCUCCAGCCUUGUCCUCGUCAACACUCUCACCUGUGUUAACGAGACAAUCACUGACAUGAUGGCAGCUGGUCCUUUUGUGGCAGGGCUGAAAUGCAGUGGAAAUGUUUUUUGGGGAUUAAGUUCAUUUUCAUGGCAAAGAGGGACUUUGCAAUUCAUCUGAUCACUCUUCAUGACAUUCUGGAGUAUAUGCAAAUCGCCAUCACCAACACUGAGGCAGCAAACUUUGUGGAGACAAUACUUGUGUCAUUCUCAAAACUUUUGACCACGACUGUAUAAAGGGCUAUGUAUCAAUCUAGAACAGGAUUAUCUAUUUUGGAAGCAAUUUAAAUGGAGUUGAGAGAAAGAAACAAUGCGAGAGAGUGCUCCCGCGUGCACUGAUUUAAAGCAACGAUAUUCGAGUGAUAGGCUGUUUUAAAACUUUGCAGCUGCAAUUAAAAAAGUGCAAUCUUUACAGUUAAAAAACAAGGUCACCCCCGAAAACCAGAUGGGUAAAUUCGACACGCUUUCGGUCUUUAUAUUACUGUAGCAUAGACUAUGGCUGUCUGUCCCCACCCUGAGCGUUGAUUCAUCAUGCAGAGGCUGUAGAGAAGCCAUUUUUAGACAUUGCAUAUAAUUUAACAGUUCCAUUUCACGCCAUGCUGUUCAUGUACAUAAUUUAUUCUAAUUUACCUAUUUCUCACAGUUAUUUAUCCCGGGAAAAGGGAGUGGUUUUGGGCGGUAAAUCCCGGUAACCGGGUUCCUGCCAUUCAACCCUAGUAUUUGCACCUAAGUAUCGUGAUAAUAUCGUAUCGUGAGGUCCCUGGCAAUUCCCAGCCCUACUGUCUUUACAUUCACCCAGAGAAAGGGUUGACAUUGCAUGCUAAAUGUAAUACUCACGUCUUGUCAUGACAGUGGUGUUAUUACAGUCUAUUACACAAACUGUCGUCUCAGCGGACGUGCUCACUAUUUUGUUUAACUGUCAUUUCUGUGAUGUGUGUGUGGUAUUCUCAGCGGACGUGCUGAGUAAGGACAGC